UCAGGUAGGUAUCCAUAAAUAUAUGUUGUUACUAUUUUUCUAUUCCAAUCCUGUUACCUUGCAUCUGAAUCUUUGUUAACUAUGGCUUCUCUGGUCUCCUAGGCUUGUGUUUCCAACUGGUUCUGCCCUCACUCUGAUGUCUUACAGAGUUUCAGGUUACUUUGUUGCUCCAACUGUUUGAUGGCUUCUUUUUAAAUUCUUGUUUAAAUGUAUCCAUUUGCUUUUCAAAGCUCACUACAGUCUAUUCCCAUCCCAAAUGGGACAGGACACAUACCCUGUCAGAAGAAAACCACAGGGCUGGGGUUGUAGCACAGUUGUAGAGCACUUGCCUAGCAGGUGUGAGGCACUGGGUUCAAUUCUCAGCACCACAUAUAAAUAUAUAAAGGUCUAUUGACAACUUUAAAAAAAUUUGAAAAUUUCUUGAAAGUUAAAGCAAACCACAGUCUUUCAAGCGUAUUAUUUGCUUUGUUCUUGCCUCCUACCUAAUCUAGAUUAUUCUCCUUUCCCUCUCCACCAUUGAAAUUCCAUUGUCUAAUUCAGGACUCCCCUCAAUGGCAGCCUUCAUCAGUCUUUUUUAGACUCUAUGUGCCAAGUAAUUCAGCCUUUAAAGUAUAUGGUCUGGGCUACAGUUUUUCUUGUAACUACAAAAUUAUGUGUUGUGUGCAAUCAUCGCUUAAGAUAAUUUGGGUUAUUACAAGCAAGAAAAAACCCAGUCUAGAUUGGCGUAACCAAGAAAGGGACUUUAUAGGCUCAUAUAACUGAAGGACUCAACAUUGUCACCAAGGACCUAUUUUUUAAAGGUCUAUUCUGACUUUUCCUGGAAAUAGCUUUGGUGUCCCCAAAAGGCUAUCAUAUGCCUUCUUAUUUGUACACAGGAAGAAAGAAAAAGUCUAUAACCCAGGAUUCCCAGAAAAAAAGACUUGAGAUCCCUUCUGAUUGGAGAGGAACAUACCAUGCCUAAUGAACCCCUGUGACCAGGAACAUGAAUGUGCUGACACACCUGGAGCUGGGAGUACAGUCUACUUCUCUGUGUAUAGGGAUCUGCAGACGGAAACAAGAACCCAUGGAAGGAGGGAAUGGAUAUAGGGGAGAUAUCCACGAAUUCCCUACAUAUUUUUUAGCUACUCAACACAGGGCCAGACACCAUCAGUGCACAGUAACUGUGAGAUUCCUCAAAAUACCAGCCUCUUCCUUGGAUAUUCAAACAAGAGCAGAAUCUAGACUUCUGUUCCUUUGGUCACCAGUGUCCACUCCCUGUAUUCCUAAUGGUUACCACACCUCUGCUCUUCAGUAAAGUCCUGUCUGUUUCAAGCAUAACCACACCUUUGGUUAUUUUGUUUUAAACCUUGAAAAAUUCUUGGAGUCCUUAGGCCAGCCAGUGGCUUCCCCCACCCCAGCCUCCUUUCUGUUUAGGGUAGAGUUAGAUCAAAAGCACUGAGUCUCUUUAGGGGUCAGCUCCCUCCUCACAUGACUCCCCUGGAUCCGUGGGGGCUUCCCACUGUGAGUGACAGACUUUUCUGGCAAUAGUGAAGCCCGAGCUUUUGGAAAUUGGGGUCACAAUGUCUUUCACUCCUCCUCUCUUUUCCCUAUCCUCAAAGACAAAGAUUGAGAAUAAGCCUUCUUUCCUCUUCCCUAUCUCCUAUGGCCUUCCUUCAUCCCUCUGCACAUGCUCAGUGCUCUUACUGGCCUACAGCAUUCCUUGCAGAUGCAUCCAUGGCAACCUGCUGGGCAACCAAGAGUCAGUUGGGCUAAAGCACUGGGCCCCAACUGUCAGAAAGUAUCUGAGACUGAGGCAGAGGCUGGGUUUCAAGCUGUAUUCUUCUUAUCACCAGUAUCUCCACAUUGCUGACCCAGCAUGGCAGGGGCCUGGCUGCCUGGGAAGAGUUGGAGGUGCCACUGACACUUGGGUCCUGGCUAGAAGGGAACCAGAUGGCUUUUAUUACCUGGCUCAAAUAAAGGCAGCUCCAGAGCUAGAAAAGCAGGGGAUCCUGCUUGUGGAAUAUGAAGUUCCCCUUGUAAUGUGCCCAAACCUGCCACCCCAGAAGCAGAGUGUGGUCUUAGAAGAAGAUGUCAUUCAACUCUCACCAUCCAGAGACUAUUCACUGCAACCUGGGGACAAGGUGCUGGCACCCUGGGAGGCAGACCGACAGCGGUAUGGUCCUGGCACUGUUCUCUUAGGCUUGGAGACAAAAGAUCCUCAGAGAGCAUCAAAGGAAGAAAUCACUGUUCACUUCUGGAAUGGCAAGACAGCUAAAGUGCCUCAAGGUGGGGUCAGGUGGGUGCCCCCUGCUGCCUGGAAGAAGGCUGUGGAGAGGCUGCACUGGCCUUGCACCAGGGAGGACCUCAGUCCCCUCCUCUGGGCCCCUUGCUGCUCUCUGUUGGGGCCAGUCACUGGAUGCACCACCAACCUGCCUCCUCUGGAUGCUCCUUUCCUGUGCCCUCCCUGCCAACCCCAUGCCUGCUGCCAGCUGCUGUGCCAGGGCUGCUUCUGCUGCUGUUCCUUGAUGGGCCCCACCUGGUGGCCUCUAACUAGGACUUCAGAGAUCACAGCCAGGGAAUUCCUGGAGUCAGGACUGAAGCCCACAGCACAACUUUUGCCUCUGGAGGGUUCUAAAGAGGAGGCAGUAGCAGUACAUGCUCCCAUGGCUGUUUCUUCCUCCUCUUCUUCUUCUUGUGAAGAGUCAGAGAAUGAGCUGGAGAUGGGCCUUCCCCAGAGACUGAUGGUGAACAGCGCAGUCAACACUGACCCCAUCCUUCCUGAGAAGUGUUGGAGGCAGAGUGGCCCCUGCCAGCCUGAGUGGAGGUAUUGGAGGAGGAAUGCAUCUGAACCACGUCCUGGGAAACCAGGAACAAGAGGUUGCAACAUCUGGAAAGAAGAGAAGGACAACAAACAGCAGAGAGUACAAACUGCAGUAGUGGGGACUACCAAGGAGCUGACCCUGAAAGCAACCAAUGUGAAGCCACUGCAGACCCCGCCAGAGGAAGCUGAACAUAGAAAACUAAGUCAGGGACACAUCCAAGGGACAAGAAUUCCCAAGAAUUCAAACUAAAAGCCCUGGGGGGUCUAGAAAAUCAAAGGAUUAUGAUGGUAAAUACCUAACAAAGAGUUAUAAAGAGUGGCUGACAAGACCUUCUUCAAUGGAAGGUAGAACACAGGCUGCAGGUGAGAAUCAAGUAAGCAGUAGCAUCUUCACCCCAUUAAGACUUCCCUGCAGAUGAGCAGCAGGAAGGCACCACUCAUAAGGGGCACAGGAGCCAGUGGCUCUGUCUGGUGGCACUGCUUGAGAAUGCCACUUCCACAGAGGCCACUUUGGAAGACCCAUAGUAGACCUGCUUUGGGCAAAUAUCUCCUCAGCAUCUCUGCUGUCUUUUCAUAAAACCUACAGUUGUACAUGGGGAACAUUGACCUCUUUUUAAUAGCAAUAAAAUGAAUUCUCUGUUUCCAAACCUUUCCCUUUAUUAUCAUAAUUAGACUUUACUUGGAAAGCUAGUAGUAAAAACUGUUCAGACAGCAUCAUCACAUUAUUACUUUUAGGCAAAGGAGGAUGGGGGACUCUCAAGUUAAAAUGGGACUGAAAGAGACAGAUUCCAGUUCCCAAGAAGGCUGGCCUCUACAGUCAGCACUAAAAGCAGGAUUAAUGUGUAGUUAUUAAGAAAAUCAUAUGGUGACUUUAUUCUCCUUGCAACUUAAAAAAGAGUGAUGUGAUAGCAGUGAAAGCCAACAUCAUACAGGGAAGACCAAGUCCACACUUUGUCCUGAAUCAACUGCUACUACAUGAGUCUUCUUGGUCAAGGCAGUUGAGCCCACAGUUACAGAAUAGGUCCCUGGAUAUACUUCUAUGUAGAGGUCCUUUGAGAUGUUCUCAGCCUAAAAGGAAAAGAAGACACCAUAAAGAAUUUAUAUCUCAAUGCCAACACAGCACCUCCACUAGGCUACCUUUGUGCCAGAGGUAUGAUGGAAUAAAGGACUCUGGAGGAGACAGAGGUUCUGUUUUCAUGGCUCAGUUUGGUCAUACAAUAGCAAUGUCAUUUAGAUAAACCUCAGCCUUUCCUUAAGCUUGUUUCCUUAUUUCUAAAUUUGUGAUAAUAUCCACCUCACAAAUAAGCAGAAAACACUUUGUAAAUGUUAAAGUGUUAUAGAAACAUGAAGGUUUACAAAAGAACCCUCUGGCUGGGGUAAGAAUUAGGCAGAGGGACAGACUAAUGGUCUUUGUUUUGCACUUGUGAGCAGAGAUUGACAGUAAUGACAAGGUCCCUAGGAUAAUGGGAAACAUUUUUUUUAUUGUGUUUUGCUAAGUUUGUUAUCAAGAAGAUGAAGCACUUCUUUUCUCCUAAAGCUAAAAACAAUAUGAAUGGAUGUCAUUUUGUCACUGAAGCAGCAAGUAGCUGGAGGAAUGGUUCUACACUGGAAGCUGGAGUUAAUGAGUUUAUAGCUGAUCUGAGUGCAAAUCAUUUUAUGAAAUAAACUUCAUACAUGGUUGGGAAGUGGAUCAUGGCAGGUGUGCAGGCAGAAAAUGUUUUCAGUAAAGAAGGCAAAAAGAUAGAAGUCACAAACCAGAAAAGAGCCAGUAACAGCAAAGUGUCAGCUGUGAUGCUCAUUUAUGUUUGGUGAAUAUUCAGAAGGAGACACACCAAGAAAAAUGAAACCACUGGCCAACAAAUCCACCAGCAAGAAUAAAUAAUAUUUAUGAAACUCUCCCUGCCUUGGCCUUCAGAUAGAUUUUAAGCUGACUUUACAAAAGUUGUUUUAUGUUAUAUCCUUAUAUUCCCAGUUACUACAAAACUGGAGGUCUAUUAUUUAACAAAUGUGAAUAUAUAUGACAAUGUCCAAUUAUUUACCAGUUGUCAAAUAUAAAUAAAAGGUUUCAGAAAACA